AUGACAUCCUCGCAUCCUGUAAUCUUGUGCGGCAAGAGCGAGGCAAUUGGUGCUGUGGUCAUCGAAAACCUGAAGCCAGAGUUUGAAGUCAUCCAAUUUAUCCAAAACGUCGACGCCGGCAAAAUACAGAUCCCCACUCUUCUCCGAGGCGAGAAGCCGGAAUCAUCAGGCUCCAGUCUCGGCUCUAAAAACUACGCAAGGGCACCUGUUGCCAUCUUUCUGGGCGCAGCUUUUGAUGAUCGAGACAUUCAAGAGCUGCGCAAAGCCGCGGAAAGCACGACGAAAGUCCCCUGGUUGAGACCUGACACAACGAAACCUGCUCCACCGCCCGGCCCAGAGUAUGGAAAGGCAAUGGUAGCCAGGAUCAAGGAAACCGUAAAGGGUUUGGAGGGGAGAACAGAAUUGAAAGGUAAUGGAGACGUGGUAUGGUUUUGA